AUGACGUUCAGCAAGUUGCGCUUGUUCCAAGUGCUGGUAGUGAUAUUUAUCAAUCUCUUCACUACCGGAACCAUAUUUGGAUUCGCAGCACUCAAGCCUGCAUUGAUUCGUAAAGGCGUCUACUCGUGGUUAUGCUCACACGAUGAAAGCAACCCGGCGAGUUCUUGUAACGAACAGGAACUACGACUUAAUAACAUGUUUGUGGUGUCCGUUGCACUUACCAACAUGGUAUCGUUACCCGCUGGAUCGGUGCUAGACUGGAUUGGUCCCACCAAAACAAGUAUCAUGGGGGCAACCCUUUAUGGAAUUGGAUGUUUAGUUUUUGGGAACGGGUAUAUCCGGUGGCCAUUUGUACUCGAUGGAUAUUAUGCCGGCUUUUUCUUGCUAGCUAUUGGCAGCCCCUUAAUUUUUCUCUCGAGCUUUCACAUCAGCAAUGCAUUCCCAGCACGCUCUGGUUUGAUUUUAAGCUUUAUCAUGGCUGCAUUCAAUGCCAGUAGCACAGCCUUUGUCCUGUUUGAUUGGGUAGACAAGAAAAGUGGAAAUAUGUCUAUUCAAGCAUGGUUCUGGUGCUACGCCCUCAUUCCUGCACUGUUUAUUGUGCUCCAGAGCCUGACCGGACCUCCCAAUGCCUAUCAAAAACAGAUGGUUUCUCAGGAGAAUCAACUUUCAGAUAACCCCGCUUCCGCAGUCACAUACGGCACCAUCUCAACCGGUGAGCCUUCUUCAGAACAACCUAGGCAUCCGGACCCCAAGGACACAUUUGUUGGAAUCAUGUCCGGAAGGCCUUUCAUUGUACAAUUAUUCAGCCGGCAUUUUGGGCUUCUCUUACUAUUUUUCUCGGUUUAUGCUGAUCGAGUUAACUGGGAGAUUCAAACUAUAUCUGAGCAAUUCUUGUUUUAUUUGGCAAACCCCAAUGAUGCACUCCGAAUGUCCAGCCUAUUCUCGAUCUUGCUCCCACUUGGUGGCAUCAUCGGAGUCCCAAUUUUUGGAUGGCUCCUUGACCAGCGCACUACGUUUGAUGCAUCGGCUGCCAUACUGGUUAUUGGAGUUUCGUAUGGUGGAUUGGGCAUGACAUCUCUGGUAGCAACUCAAAUAGUAUCAAUCUCACUCUUUGUUGUGCUUAGACCGUUGUUAUAUAUUUUUGUUGGUGAUUAUUGUGGAAAGAUUGGCGACUACUCUCGUUGGGUUAUUCAGUUUGAUACUCGGCCCAAUCGACAGUUUGGUCAAGAAUCAACUGCAUGGAAAUUACAACCUAAUCAACAGCGCAUGGUUGAUUUUAGGGCUCCUUAG